ACCGUUCUUCCAAGGCAAUACCCACGAUAUAAGCCCCAGGCACCUACCUCUCUCUAACACGUCUGUAUUCGUCUCUCUUUCUCUCGAAAUCUCAUUUACUUUCCUCUCCUCCUCUUCAAUCAGUCUACCAUGUCUUGCUUCAAGGGGAAAUUCGCUGAUGAGCUCAUUGCCAAUGCCGCCUACAUUGGCACUCCUGGUAAGGGUAUUCUUGCUGCUGAUGAAUCGACUGGGACAAUCGGAAAGCGUCUAUCAAGUAUCAACGUUGAAAAUGUUGAAACAAACAGGCGUGCUCUUCGUGAGCUCCUAUUCACCGCCCCUGGUGCCCUUCAAUACCUCAGUGGUGUCAUCCUCUUUGAGGAAACCCUGUACCAGAAGACUGCAGCAGGCAAGCCCUUUGUUGAUGUGUUGACGGAAGGUGGAGUGCUACCGGGUAUUAAGGUUGACAAGGGCACUGUUGAGCUUGCUGGAACCAAUGGCGAGACCACAACUCAAGGUCUUGAUGGCCUUGCUCAGCGUUGUCAGAAGUACUAUGAAGCUGGUGCCCGGUUUGCCAAGUGGCGUGCUGUGUUGAAGAUCGGUCUAACUGAGCCAUCUCAGUUGGCUAUCAAUGAGAACGCCAAUGGUUUGGCUAGAUAUGCUAUCAUCUGCCAGGAGAAUGGUCUUGUCCCUAUUGUUGAGCCUGAGAUCCUGGUUGAUGGUUCUCAUAGCAUUGAGAAGUGUGCUGAUGUGACUGAGCGUGUGCUUGCUGCAUGUUACAAGGCUUUGAAUGAUCACCAUGUCCUGCUUGAGGGUACUCUGUUGAAGCCCAACAUGGUUACCCCUGGAUCAGAGGCCCCUAAGGUUGCACCUGAGGUGAUUGCUGAGCACACAGUGCGGGCUCUACAGCGCACUGUCCCUCCUGCAGUUCCCGCUAUUGUUUUCUUGUCUGGUGGGCAGAGUGAGGAAGAGGCUACCAUCAACCUCAAUGCCAUGAACAAGCUUAAGGGGAAGAAGCCAUUUAGUCUUUCCUUCUCAUUUGGACGUGCCCUUCAGCAGAGCACUCUCAAGGCUUGGGCUGGCAAGGAGGAGAAUGUGAAGGCGGCUCAAGCUGCGCUCCUUGCCAGGUGCAAGGCCAACUCUGAGGCAACCCUUGGUACCUACAAGGGUGAUGCCAAGCUUGGUGAGGGUGCCUCCGAAAGCCUACAUGUUGCGGACUACAAAUACUAGGAAGUGCCGGCUUUUUUGGUCAGUUUGUGUUUUAUGUUUUGCGGAGCAAAUUAGGUUGUGGUGUUCUCUCAGGCGUAGGAUUAGAUUAUAUUCCUCUCUUCUAGUGGAAUUUACGAUGGAGACAGGAAAAUAAAGCUUGAGUUGUUUGAAGUUUGAAAUGGUUUUGCUCAUUGCUUUUCAUUACUUUGUAUGUUUUGUCCUCAUUCCUCCAUGUGGAGGUUCAUGACUGAGGAAUUCCUUUCCUUUUGGAUUAUGUUUCCAGUUUUCUCGUCUUUCGUUGGAUAAUUUUUUUAUUAUUUCUACUGUACUUUUGCAA